GAGAAGUUGUUCAUGUCGGCAGAGCGCACCGCGAGUCCAACCUCUCUCCACGCACCGGAGCGCAAAGACAACAUGAUGCUUGAAUCUUAGGCUACUCAGAGGUUUAUAGUGGGUUACUGACCAGACUUCAACUCUAAGCAUCUUCUUUAUCUGCAUAAAGAACCGUCAAGGGCCGAUGUAUCGAUGAAUUUCCUCGGGAAACUAACAAACGUCCUCCUGCUGGUGCUCCUCGCAGCUCAAGGCUGUUUUUCAUCUAAGGGGGAGGACAGAUUAUUUCGGAGAUUGUUCAGGAGGUACAACCAGUUCAUCCGACCAGUGGAGAAUGUAUCUGAUCCAGUCACCGUGGAGUUUGAGGUCUCCAUGUCCCAGCUGGUCAAAGUGGAUGAGGUGAAUCAGAUUAUGGAAACCAAUCUGUGGCUGAGACAUGUCUGGAACGACUACAAGCUGAAAUGGGCCCCUAUUGAGUACGAUGGGAUUGAGUUCAUACGAGUUCCAUCCAAUAAAAUUUGGAGGCCAGAUAUUGUUUUGUAUAACAAUGCUGUAGGUGACUUUCUUGUGGAAGACAAGACCAAGGCUCUGCUGAGGUUUGAUGGCACCAUCACCUGGGUUCCUCCAGCUAUUUUUAAAUCCUCCUGCCCCAUGGACAUCACCUACUUCCCCUUUGACUACCAGAACUGCUCCAUGAAGUUUGGCUCCUGGACAUACGACAAGGCCAAGAUCGACCUGGUGCUGAUUGGCUCAAAGGUGAACUUGAAAGACUUCUGGGAAAGUGGAGAGUGGGAGAUCAUCGACGCUCCAGGAUACAAGCAUGACAUCAAGUACAACUGCUGCGAGGAGAUCUACCCGGACAUCACCUACUCCUUCUACAUCCGCCGCCUGCCACUCUUCUACACCAUCAACCUGAUCAUCCCCUGCCUCCUCAUCUCCUUCCUCACGGUGCUGGUCUUCUACCUCCCGUCUGACUGCGGCGAGAAGGUCACCCUCUGCAUCUCCGUCCUCCUCUCCCUCACUGUGUUCCUGCUCGUCAUCACCGAGACCAUCCCUUCCACGUCCCUCGUCAUCCCUCUGAUCGGCGAGUACCUCCUCUUCACCAUGAUUUUUGUCACGCUCAGCAUCGUCAUCACUGUCUUUGUGCUGAACGUCCACUACCGCACCCCCAUGACUCACACGAUGCCGGACUGGGUGAGGUCCGUGUUCCUCGGGGUGUUGCCCAGGGUGAUGCUGAUGAGGAGGCCAAUCGACCAGGGCUGCUCCACCACUGCCAAUAUUGCGGUAACAGGAGGAGGAAGGAAGAAGAGAAAGACCAGCAUAGGAAGUAGUUCAGGAAGUGUUAUUAUUGGCGGUAUAACUGGGGGUGUAGCGUUUCCACCCACAGAUGUUGGGGCAGGAGGCGGGGCUGCAUCAGCGAGUGCUUCAAUGAACUGUGUGGAGUAUGGCGAGGUUAACCGAGACAAGAACCGGGACAUUAACAGGAGAUGUCCCUACAGAGGCAAGGAGGUACCGACUCCUGUCCCUCCCCCGAUGGUUCCGCCACCUCCUCCCCCCCCUCCUCCUCCUCCUCCACCUCCCCCGUCCUCACAGGCGACCCCGACCCAGGCGCCCAAGGAGUCGGAGAUACCCAAGGUGCCGAGGCCAGUGAAAGCCCCUUCACCUAUCAGCGCUGUCGUUGCCUUCUCCGUGGUGUCGCCAGAGAUCAAGCAGGCCAUAGAGAGCGUGAAGUACAUCGCAGAGAACAUGAGGACUCGCAACAAAGCCAAAGAGGUGGAGGACGACUGGAAGUACGUCGCCAUGGUCAUCGACAGGAUCUUCCUGUGGGUUUUUGUGACAGUGUGUAUUUUGGGAACAGUGGGACUCUUCCUCCAGCCGCUCAUCAGCUUCUUUCAAUGA